AUGGCAGUAGAUUCGAAUGUUACAACACUUCUCAGUCAAUCAAAGUCCGAGUCAAAUGCUCCCAAUAUAAAAUCGCCAAGGAACUCUUCAACCCUUAGAGAUAAAGUGCAAAGGUACCAAACUGAACUAUCAAGGAAUCCAAGUCCAGAAGCCAAGGAUCCAAAUCAAGCCACAGGCACUGAUGGGAUACCAAACCAACCUACUGCUCUCGUUCAGUAG